AUGAAGCUUCCACAAGGUGUACUCUCCUCCAAAGUUGGCCAAGUAUGUAGGCUUAACAAAUCAUUGUACGGCUUAAAACAAGCGAGUCGACAAUGGUUUGAAAAGUUAACUACGUUUCUUCAAGCUCAAGGUUUCCUCCAUGCCCAUGCUGACCAUACUCUCUUUACUAAGACCGAUUCAUCUUCAUUCACAGCCAUCCUUGUGUAUGUUGAUGACAUCAUCUUAACAGGGACUUCUCUCUCUAUGAUCAACUUUUUGAAGAAAUCUUUGGACGAUACAUUUCAUAUCAAAGACCUAGGCCAACUGAAGUUUUUUUUAGGUCUUGAGGUUGCACGCUCUUCUAAAGGUAUCUCCCUUUGCCAACGGAAAUAUUGCCUUGAAUUACUCCAUGAUGCUGGCUUAGCUGGUUGCAAACCAGUUUCAACUCCUUUGGAUGCCUCUUCUCGUCUUCAUCAGGAUGGUGGCUCUAUUUUUUCUGAUGUCACGGCUUAUAGAAGAUUGGUAGGAAGACUCCUCUAUCUCACCAACACACGGCCAGACAUUGCCUUUGCUACUCAGCAACUGAGCCAAUUCAUGAGUUCACCUACUGAAUCUCACUGCAAGGAUGCGUUAAGAUUUCUUCGUUAUCUUAAACAAUCUCCGGCUCGUGGUAUAUUUCUAUCUCAGGCCUCUGAUUUACAGCUAUCAGGGUUUAGUGAUGCUGACUGGGGUGGAUGUGUUGACACGCGCCGUUCCAUAUCUGGAUAUUGUUUCUUCAUUGGGCAAUCACUUGUGUCUUGGAAGGCUAAGAAGCAUCUCACGGUUAGCUGUUCAUCUGCUGAGGCAGAAUAUCAUGCCCUCGCAUCUGCUACUCGUGAGCUUCAGUGGCUAUGCUUCUUGUUGCAUGAUUUGCAUCAACAUCCCUCUCGGUUGCCAGUACUUUAUUGCGACAGUCAAAGUGCCCUACAUAUAUCUAUAAACCCUGUCUUUCAUGGGCGUAAUAAACACCUUGAUAUUGACUGCCAUUUAGUUCGUGAGAAGUUGCAAGCUGGAGUAAUGCGCUUGUUGCCUGUCUAUUCUCAAGAUCAAGCUGCAGAUGUUUUUACUAAGGCCCUUGGUCCGCGGCCGUUUCACUCUUGUCUGUCCAAGCUUGGCUUGAUAAACAUCUAUCAACCUCAAGCUUGUGGGGGGUGA